AUCACUUCCUUGUUCCAACAUCCGGAUGAAAAGUCAGAUUGACAAGUUAUAUAAGUGUCAAUGGUACACACAGAUUGCAAGUCAAAUCACCUGUAAGAAUUGUCAUGCGGCUCUAGAAAUUGAAGAAAAAUGGUACAGAACUAUAUUGCGAAAGGCUUGUUGGGUUUUCGUGAAGAUGAAGGGAGAGAGAAUGUACGCGACAACCUCUUAUAUUUCCUCGCUGGUGUUGUGUUUGUGUCAAUUCUUCCGUACUUGCACAUAGGUGUGUUUGACAAGCUGGUAUAUGCUGCUAAGCCAAAAGUGAACAGAUCAACCUAUACCUGCAAUUGCUUUGAUACUAUAUUCAGAGGACCAUAUGAAUACCCCCCAAGUGGAUACAAGCACCUAUACUUCAAUGCAACUUUAAAUUCAAUGAAAAUAUGGAUCACCACUGUGAUUUUUAUCCUCGCAUUGAAUGAAACGCUGAAAUAUUUAUUGAAACUAUGGAGACACCAGAAGUUAAGAAAGAAGAUGUUUUGCUUGGUUGCCAUGACAACGUAUCCACAUUAUUAUGCAUGGUGGGUUUACUUGACGUAUUAUAAUGAGGAAUUUUACCUACAAUGGUCGCAUCAGACUGUUUUUACCAUCACAGAGAUUAUCUCGACACUCUUAGUGCUAAACCUAUGUAAUACAGAAAACCCCAUGUCGCUAUGGAAACUCCUGUUUAUCAUCAAUAUAAACACGGCUCAUUUAAUCACGGGAGGGUUUGAUCAGUUUUACAGGCAGCUUGUAUCAACGGGUUAUAUUUGGCAGAAUUCAAGAAAUAUUGGAUUGAUGGUUCCCGAUAUUUUUCACAUUUUGAUCUGUUUAUUUGAAAUCCGGAGACUUGCUAAGGAAAAGAAGGUGUGGUCCUAUGAAUUGUUUUAUAAGGAGGAAUACAUGCUUUCAUUCAGUUUGAUUCUGGUGUUUUAUGUUUUGACAUCUAUUUU